AUGUCAGAGGAGUUGGAGGAACCCUGCCCAAGAUUUCUCGACGGCUUUCCUUUCAGCCCUCUCCCCGCCUAUCGUUACAAGGCAGAGCUUUUCAGCAAGCUCCCACCCAAAGAGGAAACCUCUAUUCUUGUAGAGUCGUACUUUCGCUCGUUUGCAUGGAAUCUGACACCUAUCACACGCCCGGCAUUCGAUGCACUCUUCGAAAGAGUGUAUAGUUCGAUAGGAACAGAUGACAUUCUUAAGAGGAUACAUAUGCACCAGCUAUCACUGCUUUUUGCCGUCUUUGCCAUGGGAGCGCACCACUGUCUCGAGUACCCACCCAAUGAUCCUAUUGUGGAAGAGUACAUCAAGUUGGCAAAAUGCUGCCUCUCACAAGGCGGUUUCCUGGUCAAAAACACGAUCCCCGGGCUACAAGCGCUGAUGGGCCUACAUAGGGAUGGCUCAAAAUGGAACCUACCACCAGACGUGAUCGAAGAGCGAAGAUUGGUCUUCUGGGAGUGCUACACUAUCGACACUUUCCAGGCACACUGCUUUUCACGCCCACCGUUGAUGCGUGCCAACCACUUUGAUACGCAGCUCCCUCGUCCAUCCCACGCCAGUACGCAUUUAGCGGCUGGCCAUGAUAGAGAUUACAUGGCUAAAGACUUUAAAUAUAUGAAAUACGAAAUCGUAAAGGUUUUGGCUCGGUUGCUUGACCUGACCCUGGAUGUUUCCCCCCCACCAUACGAGCGUGUCAAUAAUGAAUACGAAAAAAUAUGUGCCUUUGAGCGCUCUAUACCAUUCCAUCUGCGUUGUCGGGACGCUUUGGUUGCAACGAUAUCCCUAUAUCCAACGCCAGAAGCCGCUGUUUGCGACAGCCCGCCUCCCAACCGGAGGGACCUAAAGCGAACGUUUGAGCAAUUCACCUUAGCAAUGCACGUUUCCGAGGCAGUUCUUUUCCUCCAACGACCGUAUUUUGUCAGAGCCAUGAAUGAAAACCCCGCAGACCCUGUCCUAUCAAAAUACGGCGCCUCCUUCCUGGCAGUAGUCGAGAGAUGCAAUGUGGUGACUCAGAUCGUUCGCGGUCUGACAGAGCUCCAUCCUGCUGUUGCGUCCCGCCAUUGGUUCUUCUGGUACCACCUGUUCAACGCGGCUGUCUGCGUCGGAUCUUUGGUGCUCCGAUGCCCCCAUUCUCCCAUGGCUCCCUUCGCCAUGACAAUUCUGAACGAAGCUAUCUCGGCGUACAGUGUCGUUACGCGCCUAAACACCUCUUCCACGCUCGACCUGAACCACGGGCGGCUACUUCAGCUUCGCCGUCGAAGCGCAGCAAAGCUAUCGCAAGGCUCCUCGGGUGGGGCUGCAAAGGUCAUACAAGCUCCAGGCUAUGAUGCAAGUGAUGGGGACAAAGUGGAUCAGCAAGUCGAUGAAGAGCUGUUAUGCUGGCGUACGCGCCUGAUCGAACGUGGAGAGAGCACCUCCAAUCACCAGCAUAAAUCGACAACUAUUGUCAACAAACCAGACUACGGGUCUAACAUAUCGAUUGAUAUCGAGUCCGGAUCAGUAAUUUCAACCAUGGGCGGGGAACAGAAUCUCAGCGACGAGGAUCAAAGGAUUCUCAACGAGGCGAAAGCCAACAGAGAUAAUCCAGACCAUCCUGCCCACAAGGAUCAUCCCGAUCAUAAGCACUAUGUCGGGGAUCUAGUCAAGCGAUUCGGCCAUUCUGUCAUCUUUGGUGCCGGUGCAACUGUUGGAAGCAAUAUUGUGAAUGGAAUCUUUCACUAG